UUUCCACACAAGUCUGUAGUCAAAGAGAGAGACAGAGACAGACAGAGUCAGAGACAGAAAGAGAGUCACAGUCAGAGAGUGAGAUGGAGAGUCAGAGACAGACCGAAGCUGCAGACAGAGUGUGUGUCAGCAGGCUGCAGUGAGAUGAAGAGGAGCUCGGCUGAAGAUGACUGCGUGGACUCUGGAGCAGAGACUGGAGGGUCUGAUCACAGCCCGUUGUCCUCAGCUAGCAGUGAGUUGUCCAUGGGUGAACUCCAGGAUCCUUUCCUCGUCAGUGUCCACCUCAUUGCUGACCCGGGCCAGGCCAGGUUUCUUCAGCUUGCUGUCAAUGGAGUGCUGUCGUGGGUCCAUCCUGAGCUGCACCUCUUCCGUGUCUCAGAGCGCGCUUCCACCUUCCAGCGGUCUCGGGCCAAGUGGCGUCAGAACUCGGAUGCAAACUGUCAAGCAGCAAUGGCGGUCAUCCUUUUCCUCCAGGAGGCAUCUGGUGGUGAGGAGAAGUUACUGACACUGCACCGCGUGUUCCAGCGCUCACCGUGGUGCUACCACCAUACUGAGAAGGUCAGCAACGGAAGACACAUGUUGCCGUUAACACCGUGCAGUCAGGACUUUUACACCCUGUCCCCUGGCACGCCACUUUGGGCUGUGCGGCAGGUCCAUUAUGGGAAGGAGAUAGUACGAUUUACUGUGUACUGUUGCCAUGAAAAUUACAUGGACAUGGUGCGACUGUACAAGUUGCUUCUGCAGAGGAAGGUGGCACAGAAGAAGGAGGACUUCUGCUUUUUUGUGGUCUAUUCUAACCCAGAUGUGGAGAUCCAACUUUCAUUUAAAAGGCUCCCACGGGGCCAAAGUCCAGUGACCAUGGACUCAGCAGUGAUGGAAGUGAGAGUACGGGACGUCGGAGCACUGGUGCCUUUGCUGCCACACGCCUGCAGCCCCAUCAGUGAUUUACGCUGGCAGACAGAGGACUAUGAUGGAAAUAAGAUCCUGCUGCAGAUCCAAGCUGCUCACUACAAACACAAAAAGGAUGCCUUGUACAUAUCGCUAUCAUCUGAGUCAUCCUCGGCUCCAUCAACCUUUGCUCGCAGUUCUGCCUCAUACAAGAACCGCCGAUACCAUCGAGGAGCAUCACGUCCCAGAGUGGAGCACCAGGCCUCCCGCACCUCCCUCCCUUUGGCCUGUGAGGAGCAGGAGGAGCAAGAUACCUGGGCAGACCCACGGCAUCCAGAGGGAUGUAGGAUCCAGUGCAGGAACCACCGAUCAGGCUCUCUCUUCUCUCUGCCCAACCUUGGCUCAGCCAGCUCCCGCUCCACAUGCUCCUCUCCUGGGGUGUCCCCUACUCCCCACCGUGGGAACCACUCCUUCACCCGGAGCUCCUUCCUCAUCCCACCCUUCCGACUUAAUGUGGAUGCUCUGAUUGGGGCAGAGGAGACAGAUAUAGACACAGGGAACAAAGUAAAUGUCAGCAGCAGUGUGGACCUCACAGUGGUGUCUGCGUACAUCAAAUCCAGCCUUCCACUGACUCCACGGCCUUCAUCAGCACCGCCAGAAGAUUUGGGCUGCUCCUUCUCAUCUGACGUCCCGGAGGGUGCUUACAAAACAUCAACACUGGGCCGGAUUCCUUUUUCUGGCGGCAUGACAACUUCGACCUCUCUGAGGUCAUGCCCCCAAAGCACCUGCCAGACCACUAACGCUGGUCGAUCUCUGAAUGAUGUUUCCGUCAGCCAAUCAGUAAACUCCCACAGUGUUGGUUCUGCACUGGUUGAAAAGAGGAGUUACCAGACAGAUAUGGCUGAAGAAGUCCAAGAAUUCUACAUUUGAUGGCUUGUAACUUUAGCAAAGCCAGAUGAAGCCAUUAAAAUGAGCUGCCAAACCCUGUUACCCCUGAACCCCAACAGCCCCGCUGACCCCGAAGGUGCACACUGCAGACACACGUACUAGCAGCACUGUAGCCUGUCUUCUGGCUCCACUUACUCCUUGUUUCAUGCCAUUGUUAUGACUCGAUAGCUGAUUCAGAUAGUUCUAUUCUCAGCAAAUGCAAUAGACAAUCACCAGAAAUUAUUUUCGUACUGCAUUCAUAUGCUGGAGCUAUACAGCAGACAGUACACCAGAAGAUUCCACCAGUGCUGGCUGUGAGCAUGUGCCAUCAAAAGCUUUUUUUUCUGUUUUCAGCUUGUAGCAGAAAAAAAGCACAAAUUAGAUUCUUGAUAUGUCAGUAUAUUAUCACUGCACACAUAGUUGCAAUGGUAAUUCAAGAAUGUCAGCUGGAAAAUGUGGUGAAGGAGAAGCUGCAGUGUGGAUGUCCAAACUUCAACAGAGUCUUAUGGAUUCUGCAUUUUGUAGCUUCCUUUUGUGUAUCCCUCAUUAGUUCUUUCAGCACCUUUUUUUUGUUCCAGCAGUGAUCUUUUUCUUCCAUCUUCUGGUUGAAGUCCGGUUCCCACAGCAGACCCGGUACAGAUCCACAGAUGUCCUAUCUGUUGCAACUUCAGUGCUGUGAUCACAGAAAAGCAUACUCACAGCUCUUGGUGUUCCCAAAAUACUAAUCAGGACCUACCUACCCUGCUUCUCUUCUGAGAUCUGACGGACUCUGAUGCAGACACGCCAGCAUUUUUGCUGCAACUUUUUCAACAGGAAAUGAAGUAUCGAGUUUAAAUAUGUAGGGUUAAACAACAGCAGUUUAAAACUUCACCACUUCAUUCAUCUGCCUUUCCCCACAGCAGUGCCCCCUAGAGGAGCUAAACUGACUUUGCAGUGAGUAAAGACCCACUCCAAACACUGUUAAAUCAGGUUGAUCAUCUAACAGACUUCAUUUAUAUUUUGCGCUUCAUAAUGCACCACACAUUUUCAAUGGGCAACAGGUCUGGACUGCAGGCAGGCCAGUCUAGUACCAGCACUGUUUUACUACGAAGC